AUGAUUGAAAAAUGUGAAGGUCCAGUUCUGUUGGAAAGAAUUAAUCAUUUACUGACGAUUAAAUAUGGAUCUGACCAGGAUAGGAUGAAAUUAGCAUCAGACGCUAUGUUGUAUUUACAGAAUAUUGAUUAUUUUAAUUCACCGUAUUUAAGUGUUUUCAACUCAUAUCUAGGCGUAGAUAAUACAUCUAAUGAUGAAAAUAUUAAAUCCGAAUUGCCCAUUAAAAAUAAGUUAUUGGCAAAGGUCAUUGCUCAUGAAUAUACCGAGGCUAUUACAUUAUUGGAGACUCAAAAUUUAGAUCAUAGAAUUAAUUAUAGACGUAUAGAGCAGAUUUGUAAUAUAUACAUAUUGAACAAAGAUUUUAAGGGUCUAGAAGAUUUGGAACAAAGGUUAAUUUCCCCACAAGAUUCUGUUACACAUCUCACUGAACAAAACGAUGAAUUGGAGGCUCACCGUAGAUCAAAUCUAUUGAUAUUAUCUUCAUUAUACUUCAAAGGCAGGUUUUUUGAUUUCAGCAAUAGGUUUUUCCAACUAUUAUCUGAAGAUAAUGAUAUAAUAUCAUCACUGUCGUACUCGAUUCCUGGCCAAUUGCUUUUUAAUAAGGAAUUGCUUUAUAUGAUUUUAAUUUCUACUGUACUUUCGUUACCAUUUGAUGAAUAUGAAAGCUUACUCUAUUCAAAAGAAUUGAUAUCAUUUUAUAAAAUCAAUCCUCUCUUUCCAAAAUGCUUAGAACUUUUAAGCAAAGCACAGUUCGAAGAAUUCUUAAAUAUAUGGAAUACUGAGAUAAAUGAGAUAUGUGAAACAAGUCCAUUUCUAUAUCAAAGUUGGAUAACUUGCCAGCAUCUUAUGAGAUGUAAAAUAUAUUUCAUGCAUUUGAAGUUAACAAAUAAGAUAUCUGUUGAUUAUUUCACGGAAUUAUUUAAAAUGUCUCAAUUAAAAAUUAAGGAAGAAUUAAUCGAAUUUCUUGAUUUCUCUCAUGUUAAUUAUUCAAUAGACCAUGAAAAAAAUAUAUUAUAUUACAAUCGUCAAAACUCAUUAUACAAAUCAUUUGAAAUUUUGAAUAAGAAUUAUGACACAAUUAAUGAUAUUAUUUCAUUGAAGAAACAAGAAAAUGAGAACAUGAGGAAUUUAGCCCAAGAAAUAAUAAUUAAUAAUAGUAGAAGUGGAACUUUAACUAACACAAAUUUAACAACUAUUACUACAACUACAUCAACCAUUCGAGGUCAAACUACUGACGAUUCAGAAAAUGAAAUUAUCUGA